UCCGAGAAGCUGCCCCACCCGUUCAGACUGUCGCCCAUCCAUCAUCGGUCGCCGCCCUGCUUAUAUGGGAAGCCGCCCCAUCCGUCCGGCCCACCGCCGUCGCCCUGCCCAUCCUGGCCGCCGCCUCGCGCGUCCCUGCCUCGGCUCACCAUGGCCACGACAGCAUUAGCGCGUGCGCACCAGCAACACGGCAGGAAGCAGCAGCAGUACCAGCUGCUACGGCGCAUGGAGGGGCUGAGCCUAGGGUCUGCGCUCCGCAGCGACCCACACGCCCCUGCGCUAGCCGCGGCAGCGCUCCUCAUCCCACUUGGCACCGUGCUGUUGCGCCUCUCCGGCCUCUUCCUGUUGGCCACGCUCGCCGGCAUUGCGCUCGCGGCGCCUCUCGUUCUUCCCUUCAGUCCGGUGCUCAUGCCCGCCGCGCUAGCCGUCGCGGGGCUCGGCGCCCCGGCCUUCUUCGCACAUAGAGUUGGGGACGACGUCAGGGACGCUCUAGUCCCCACCAAAGCGCGGAACGUCGCCAUCACCUAG